CGACACCUUAGCGUUUUAGGGUUAACUGCGGUAUUUCACAACUCAGCUGACGAACACAACUUCCUCUAAAUUAUUAUAAAAGGGGCUACGCACUCUGCAGAUCGUCUUUGUUGCACCCAGUAUCUAUGAGGUCGCAUACAGCCACCUGCCCCAGUUUAUCCUUACAAUGAUUGCAAGAACAUUGGUUUUAAAAGUUCUACACGCUUCGCUUCUAGUAUCGAGUGUCCUUUCCGAAGAUGUCCGAGCGAAGCGGCAAGCCGGGUACGUGUAUAAUAGACCGAGUAUAUCCUUCGAUCUGCCUCCUCGGACAACCGGGGCAUCUACACAAGGCACUCAAGCCCCUAAUGUUGACAGGACACUAGGUGGAGCGCAACAGAUGUUUUACGCGUACCCGGCGGCGCCCGCGGGCGGCUCCGUGGACAUAGGGUACUCCACCACGGGUUCCACUGCUGGGACCACAGCGACAACGGCUGGGGGCUACAGCUAUGGAGGGGCGCAAGCGGGAGCAGGAGGAGGCGGAGGCUACGGUGGAGGUGGCGGCGUAGGCGGAGGCGGUAGUGGCGGCGGCGGAGGUAGUGCAGCUGCUGGGUAUUCUUACGACGCACCAAGUACUGCAGCUCCACGGCCAAGCCCAACACCAGGAACACCAGGCACGGUAUCUACUAACGCUCCGGAGUACUUGCCACCUAUCGGGGGUGAAAGUGUCUCAAUAGGCGGAAGUUCAGGGGGUUACACUAGCCCUACUCCAGGAUCUAGCCCGACUCCCGGCACGAGCCCAACACCUGGGACGAGCCCGACGCCAGCGCCCACUCCGACCGCCUCGUAUCUGCCGCCUAACCCUUCCACUCCAGCCCCACCCCCUCCUCCAUCCAGCUCGGUGCCACCACCACCGCCUCCUCCAGGGCAGGAUCCAGGCGCCGGAUAUUUUCUACCGAUUCCUUCCCCUUCAUUCCCGCCUCCAACCGGUACUCCGCCUACAGCCGGGACCCCACCGCCACCUCCCCCAACAGCUGGAUACUUGCCUCCGGUCUCGUCACCCGCGCCAACUCCCGGCACCGUGUCCACCCCAGCUCCUACGUACUUGCCACCAGUAUUUAAGAAAUAA